CCGACUACGAGCACGCCAAGUGCACGGCCUGUGAGGCCAGGUGCACCGGCAUGACCUACGGCUGCGAGGAGUGCAACUUCUUCAUCGACUACGCCCGCCUCCACCUCCCUCUGGAGGUCUCGCACCCCAGCCACCCUUCCCACCCCUCGCCCUCGGGCCCCAGCCUGCCCUCUUCACCUGCGCUACCUGCCUCGCCCAGCGCAACGGCUUCCAGUUCCUCUGCCGUGAACCAGCCUGCCGCUUCGCCAUCGACGUCCGCUGCACCUUCCCUCUCCCCCCGAUCAACCUCUGUGGUCACCGCCACCUCCUCCAUUUCUUCGACCAGGUAGGGGCGGAGGAGGUUGACCCCGUCUGUGCGGCACUUGCGGCCAGCCAUGUCGAUCGUCUGUUCUGUGCUGCCUGGAGGUGGACUGCCAUGUUGCCAUUCACUUGCUGUGCAGGUGCUCUUCGUGCCUGUUCAGGCACCGGUUUAACUGCCCCCGGGACCUGCUCAAGCUCAGGGCUUCGAUGAAGCAGGAGGACGACAAUGACAACUACGACGACUUCUUCGAUUACUGUGAUGUUUGUGAUGAGAAAAUCAGAGCUACAAUUCCGGUUUUCUAUUGUGACAAAUGCGAGUACAUUGCUCAUGUGAAAUGCUUGUUCUCACAGGUAUGUAAUUGUGAUAUUUGGAAUACUAAUUGGAUACUCUGUUGUGUUUGAUCUAGCUUUUAAAGAACUCUAUAUAUUUCGAAUGUCCUGAUUCAUUCA